UCAUGAAGACACUAAUUCUCACAGUGCUAAUUUGCUUUGGUGUUUCAUAAAUGUUGAGAGGCUCACCAAAAUCUUUGAUUGAAGAAGAACAAGGUAAAUGAGAUGAUUUAGAAAAGCAAUCUUCUAAGCCGAAUAAGAGGAUUAAAGUUUUUAUGUUGGAAGAGAUGAUGUCUCAGCUGAAACUCUAGAAGGAGAUUAAAAUUAAGAAGUUGAAGCUAGUUUGGCAGUGUUUAAGAGUGAUGAUACUCCAAUGGUUUAUAUUGAGGAAUCAAUUGAUUCAAGUAUUUAAUGAAGUUAAUUAAAGCUUAAUAAGAUGGUUUUCAGUAAAAGGAAUCUUUGUAGAUUGAAAAGAUUUAAGAUUAAAUGCAGUAAUAAUUAAAAAGAUAAUAAAGAGUCGAAGAGUUAUAGGAAGCAAAGACUGAUUAAGCAAAUUAUGUUGAUAAAGCAAUAUCUUUAGAGGGAGAUACUGAAGCAUAACCUAUUUAGAAUUCUUCAACAGAUGUGGUUUUAAAUAUUGCACCAAAGACAGAGUCUCUUAGCAGUUCUGAGAAUACCAAGAAGCAUGUUUAUGUUUACAAUCGUAAAUAAGUUUCUAAAUUAUUUUAAGCAUUGGCCAAGAAACCUUUUGUUGGUAUUAAGUUCCCACCAAUGCCAGUUACAAAGGAUCAUAAUUAUUUGUCUAAUUCUGAUACUUUAACAAUUAAGUUACCACCAUGGUCAGAACAAAGUAACCACAGAGUAGAGGAUGAUUUAGAGUUCUUCCAGUUUAUUAGACGUAUUAAGCAAUAAAUUAUGUAGCAUCUGAUGUAUCAGUUAAUGAAUAUUGAU